UUGCUUAAAUACCGUGAGCGCCUCGUGCACUAAGGGUGGAUCUGACCAACUUGUCUCUCUCUCUCUCUCUCUCUCUCUCUCUUUCCUCUCGCGCGUGUGUUUUUUUCUUUGUUAAAUUCCCCUCGUGCGUCCGCGCUUUAUUUCUGCCUUCGACCGAGCAGCAUGCAGGUGUCUUUGGCCCUCCUCGUGUCCAGCGCGGCGCUCGUGCUGCUGCAGGGAUGCUGCACCGCCGUGAAGGGAUGGAAGGUACUAAAGAACGACGCCACGGAGAUCUUACCGGAGUACAGAGGAAACACUCGGACUCCUCAGGAGGCGAUACUGCAGGUGCUCAACAGCAACAGCAACAGCAACAGCAACAACAGCAACAGCAACAGCAAUAGUAUGAAUAACAGGGCGAAAACCGGUGGAAGGACAGCAAACACGGUCUCCUACAGUGCCGCGGAGCUGAGCUGUAGGGAGCUGCGCUCCACCCGUUACAUCACCGACGGAUCGUGCCGCAGUGCCAAGCCGGUCAAGGAGCUGGUGUGCUCGGGCCAGUGCAUGCCCGCGCACCUCCUGCCCAACUCCAUCGGCCGUGGCAAGUGGUGGAGGGGCAGCGCCUCGGACUACCGCUGCAUACCGGCCCACUCCCGGACGAGGAGGGUCCAGCUGCACUGUCCCAACGGCAACACCCGGACUUACAAAAUCCGCGUGGUCACCUCCUGCAAGUGCAAGCGCUUCAGGCCCCACCACAACCAGUCGGAGGCCAAGGAGGUCCCGAAGACGCAACGCAACAAGAAGCACGACCGGAGCAAGAACAACACGCCGACACUGACGGGCAACUCGUACUGAUGCUCCUCUUUCAGCUCGCCAAAGCACACGCACACACACACAACACACACACACACACACACACACACACACAACACACCAACUGAUCUCCUUCAAAUAGGGAGGAGAUGCUAAAGAAAUAUCAAAGAGAGGGAAUUCAUAAGCUAAUUGCUGGGCUGGUUUUUAAGUCAUCAGUCUUUAUUUGUUUUCAGCCUAUUUGUGAACUCUGCUGCUUAUUUGCAUGAGAAAAAGGAGUCGGGGCCAGGAGCCUUCACCACAGCUGCGACCGGUCCAGAGAUGUAGCACCAUGUUGGAUCAUUUGUGAUCACCCCAACAGCUCGUUUUUUUGUUUUUUGUAAUGUCCUCCAUUCAAAACAGCUUUCAUGUAAUGAGAAGUCCUCCCGCGAGGCUUUUGAGGCCCAUCUGUGCAAACAUCCAGCGGAUGCAGAGCUGCGCCGCACCGCAGCACGCAUUUCUUUUUAAAAGCUGAAAAGGUGCAUCUUCGCUCCAGAGUGGUUGUAAUCCACCUCCGUUUGGCUGCAUCUGUGUGUGUGUGUGUGUGUGUGUGUGUGUGGAGGAGAUGGUAGCAGCUCUGGGGGCUCUGACGGUGGGAUGUUGACAGGUUUUGGAGAGGCCCCGGCCUGUGCGGUGGUCCGGGCAGCUCACUAAACGCCUCAGUCUUCAGGACAAACCUCAGCCACAACCAGGCCGGUCUGUUACAGAAGCACCUUUCCCACGACUAUACAACGAGUCAGGAGAGGAGGAGAGAGCCGUUUUGACACCACAGGGGCACUGGGCAUUCCUGUGUGACUCCUCUUAAUUGCUAAAUGAGCUCAUUCCUGUGUUAUUUCAGUCAUAAAAAAAAAAGAGGCCAUUUCCUCUAGACGUAGCCAGUUCCUGUUUGUUGGAAACACACGCAGACCAAAAAUGAAUAAAUAACAAAGAGCACAUGUGUGUAGGAGGCAUCAGAUAGUUGAGCGUGUGUUGUGUUGUUACCUGAGGGCAGAGAGCGCACGGGCCGAACGAGGCAGCGAUCGACCCGUUUGUGUUCGAGGCGCUUCCACUCCCUCUCCGCUCCCGUUCUGUGAAUAGCCCAAACAGGAAAGAUAGGAACACAAAUAACCUGCUGGAAACAAUAAUUGCAUCAUUGCAUGGACUGAUACAAUCUGGCCCCAGUGCGUCACUGCAGACAAACACAGCCUCCUUCCUCAGCAACGGGACCGCGCUUCAUGAAGAAUACUCACAACGUUUCCGCAUAUUGUCAGACGUUCUCUUUCCCACUCAUAUUGCUCGCUAAUUUUAUUUACUUUUUAUUUUCUGUCUAAACUGUACUGACAAUGUUUGCUUGUUUUCCUGAUUGUGUGUGUGUGUGUGUUUUAUUAAAUAGCAACUGGAAGGGGUUUGUCGUGUAAGCGGAGAGCUGUGAUUGUACAUAUCAAACCUGUUGGAAGAGGGAGGGCUGUUUUACUGCAGACACUAAAGAAGGACUGUUAUAAAGAAUGAACUGCAUAUUUAUUUUUUAUUUCCACAUUUAAAUUAUUUAUGCAACCUUUUUGUAGUAAAUGAUAGCCAUUAUUGUCAUAUAGUAUGAUAGAGAUGUUGGAGAUGAAAUACUGUACAGAACAUGAAUAAAGUAAAGGCAGAUAUAUUUGAAAGAGCCGGCGUAUUUGUUAUCUUUC